UUUCCAUUAAAAUAAACCAUUUCUCUCUCUCUCUCUUUAAGGUAAUAACCAUGGAAGAAGAACAAGAUCCAGACUCCAUGAAUAGACUCCCCACCAAGCAACCAAAGGAGAAAUCUGCCAUCAUCUUUGAAGAAGUAAGCAGCAUGGAGUGGGAGUUCAUUCAGAUGAAUGAUCAAGAAGAAGAUCUCAUCAAAAGAAUGUAUAGACUCGUCGGAGACAGGUGGGACUUAAUUGCGGGACGAAUUCCAGGAAGAACCGCCGAAGAAAUUGAAAGAUUUUGGAUGAUGCAAAAUAGUCCAUAUUUUGAAGAGAAAAGAAAAGAGUCCAUUGCUUCUACUCUAAAGUCUUGAAUCUUAUCAUUUGCACUCAUAUAUUAUAUUAUUUGCUUAUCUAUUUUGUCACAACAUUUGUUGUCACCUAAGUUAAUUUGGUUUGCUUUAUGAAGAAUAAUGGAAAGAGUGUUUUUCCUAGACAAUUAUAUGUUCUAUAUAUUUAUGUCAACAAUUUAAUUUCAUCUCAAUAAUUAAGCAUAUUAUUCUGUUGAGUGUUUAAUUA